UACGGUAACGUCCAUCUGCUGUUCCUCAGCUGAUAUGAGACAUCCUUCGCCCCCGCCGCAGCCUGCUCAGACCCUAUCUCUCUGCUGCUGCCGGAGCAGCCAGUCCUGCUCCGUCUUGUCUUCCUUGUGCCCCCCCAGUCAGGCAGCGUAACUAAAUGAUGUUAGACAAUCAGGACUUUUUGCUGGAGUCUUUCCCGCGCGAGCUGACUCAGAACCCGCUGAGGAAGAUCUGGUUGCCGGGCAAAAGCGGCCACAUAGCGCAGAGACGCGUAUGCAUGACCAACUGUCCCACCCUCAUUGUGACGGUCGGACUUCCUGCCAGAGGAAAGACCUACAUCUCCAAGAAGCUGACCCGCUACCUAAACUGGAUAGGAGUGCCCACCAAAGAGUUCAACGUGGGCCAGUACCGCAGGGAGUGUGUCAAGAUCUACAAGUCCUUUGAGUUUUUCAGCCCCGAUAAUGAAGAAGGCGUAAAAAUCAGACGUCACUGUGCCAUGGCAGCUCUUAACGAUGUUCGACAGUACCUGAGUGUGGAAGGAGGCCAAGUGGCGGUGUUUGAUGCCACAAACACAACAAGAGAAAGAAGAGGAGCCAUUGUCAAGUUUGCAGAGCAAAAUGGGUUCAAGGUGUUCUUUGUGGAGUCUGUGUGUGAAGACCCAGACGUCAUCGCACAAAACAUCGUGCAAGUGAAGCUGGGCAACCCAGACUACAUCCACUGUGACACUCAGGAGGCCAUUGAGGACUUCAUGAAGAGGAUCAAGUGUUAUGAGUCGUCCUACCAGCCUCUGGACGACGUGUUGGACAGGGACGUAUCCUACAUCAAGAUCAUGGACGUGGGCCGUCGUUACCUGGUGAACCGCGUGCAGGACCACAUCCAGAGCCGAAUCGUGUACUACCUGAUGAACAUCCACAUCACGCCGCGCUCCAUCUACCUGAGCCGCCACGGCGAAAGCGACCUCAACAUCAAAGGACGCAUCGGCGGUGACUCGGGCUUGUCAGUGCGAGGCAAAGAGUAUGCCAAAUGUCUGAUGAAGUACAUCCAGGACCAGAACAUCAAGGAUUUGAAGGUUUGGACCAGCCAGAUGAAGAGAACCAUCCAGACUGCAGAGUGUCUAGGAGUGCCCUAUGAACAGUGGAAAUCCCUCAACGAAAUCGAUGCCGGUGUGUGUGAAGAAAUGAUGUAUGAAGAAAUCCAAGAACAUUACCCCAUGGAGUUUGCCCUCAGAGACCAAGACAAAUACCGCUACCGCUACCCCAAAGGAGAGUCGUACGAAGACCUGGUGCAGAGGCUGGAGCCUGUCAUCAUGGAGCUGGAGAGGCAGGAGAACGUGCUCGUCAUUUGUCACCAGGCCGUCAUGCGAUGUCUUCUCGCUUAUUUCCUCGACAAGACUGCAGAUGAGUUGCCUUAUCUUAAGUGUCCUUUGCACACGGUGUUGAAACUGACGCCAUUGGCUUACGGAUGCAAAGUGGAGUCCAUCUACUUGGGCGUGGACGCCGUGAACACGCACAGAGAGCGACCACAGAACGUGAACGUGCAGCGGAGUACGGAGGCCGCUCUCAAAACCGUCCCGGCGCACUUCUGAGCUCCUCAUGCCUCGCGCUGCCACCGCCUCCUGGCCGACACGAAGACGUUUACAAUGUGUCUGAGAAGGCAAACGUGUUUGUGCUUUGAAGUGGAUAGACGCUGAAGUAUUCAUCGCUGCUGUGUUUUCACGCCCUCACCAAAACUGUUAAAGCACUGUGACUAAAUGUGACUAAAUGUGGUGUUGACAUGUUGCAGUAGUGUGGAGGUGGCGAUGGACUUUUUUUUCCUCCAUGUUCUGUGUGUCGUCGUCGUCGUCGUCAUCGUCAUAAGCUGCGUCAGUGACGAGGAGGAGGAUACAGUGGCCACUGUCAUGUUUCCUGCUUGCUUCUACUUGACGUUCCAAGAGCCUUCUGAACAUGCAGGAUAAUUAAAAAAAACAAACUUACUCAUCAUUUGGGAUGAUUCUUUGAAGGAGUAAGACGGCGGUGUCCAAAGUCUUUAUUGGCCCUCAGCACAUUCUGAAAAUGAGACAAAUUCAUUAUUAGACUACAUUGUUAAAUAUUGACUUGACGUCAGCAAUUUCUUCAAAAGGAUUAGCAUAUAUUAACCUACAAUGGUGUCAAACUGUAUCAAAGUGGCCCCCAGUGGAAGACAUUUGGACACCCCUGAUCGAAGCAGACUUGCAUUACUUCAUACUGCAGCAAGUGUUAGCACGUUAAAGGAAAAGUGCACUUUUUUUUUUGUAAUGUUGCCCAUCCUCCACAAUACUUAUGUGAGACAUGAACACACGUCUUUCUCUUAGAAGGAAAAACAGGUAAAAAGAGGCAGUUAAUUAAUGCACAAAAUGGGACACACCUCCAAAAAGCGCCAACAAGGCUCCAUUUCCAUAAAGUGAGCUGCCUUUGAACCACGUUAUUGUUAUGCCCAAGAACUACCUUAAUGGCGUAGUGACACCUCGCCACACCACAGCGGAUAGCGACUAGCACACUUGCUCUCAAUGCCUCAGGCCACUAGCUAGCCAAAGGUGACACUACAUAUUGGAGCUGCCGCCACUGCUGCUGUGUUUUUGUUUUUGACGCUAGGUGUAGCCUUCCUUUCUAUGUUGCUAUGUGAGAUCAAUGCACCCAGGAAGGAAGUUCCCAAAAUACUACAAGUAUGACAUGUUAUCAUGAAUGUACCUGUUACUACAUGCUCACAGCAUGGAUAGAAAACCUUGUUGGAGCUUUUUGGGGGUGUUUUAAUAGCGGCCUUUCUGGGCGGCAUUAGGUCGUAUUAGGGCCGCAUUGGGAAAAAAAAAAAGAGAAAGUCAUACAUUUACGAGGAAAGUGGUAAUAUUAGGAGAAUAAAGUGUUAAUAUUAGGUGUGAUGGAAUUUACGACUUUAACAACUCAAAUUUCCGAGAACAAAGUCGUAAUUUUAUUAUGAUUUCCGCAUAAAUGUACGAUUUUAUUCUCCAAGUCUCCCAUUUAUUUUUUCCCCCCAAUGUGGCCUGUCGUACGGAACAGUUGUCCCAUCACGUGCAUGAAUUAGCUGCCUCUUUUGACCUGUUUUUCUAUCUUUAGAAGAGCUUUGCAGUGUUCAUGUCUCACAUAAGGAUUGUGGAUGAUGGCCAACAUUUCCCAAUGUUCUACAAAGUACAUAAGAAAAGAAGUCUUACCUGCCUUGUCCACAUGCACAAAUGUCAAUAAAGCUUAUUCACAACAGGACAAGCAAACGUAUUCUUCAUCUU